UUUCGUUGAUUCCGUGCGUGUCUCGCGCAGUCUCGCGUUCAGAAUUUAUUGUGCGCAGGUACGGUUUGUGUUUAGAAUGCCGUCGCGCUAACAGACGACCCGCGAGGCAUGUGUGUGUGAGACUUGUGAGAUCGUAACGUAACAGAGUAUUCACGUGUAAAGCGCGGCAUCGUACGUUUGUCUUUAGUUUCGUGUAAAGUGUUCGCGUGCACAUUCGACCAAAGAGUUUGCUCGAAGGGGAUACGUUCGGUAUCGCGAGUGCGAAUUAAGUGAAGUGCUAGACUAGUCGUAGAAUGUCGAUCGUGCCAAUAAUAAUUAAAACUUUACUAGUCGUCGCGCAAUCAUACAGAGAUACAAAACUCUGGAAGCGAAUUGAUUUACUUCAGUGUGUCUUGUUCGCAUUUAAAUGAUUCUUGGGCAUCUAAAUGGACAUAGCAUAGAAGAGACCCAAAAAGUCAUGCACAUUACCUACGGGAUUCAUUUGACUACAUAGUUCAAUGUGCACAUUUUGUGCACAUAGAGGAGCUGAUGGAUGAGAACACUUAAAAUGACGCGAUGACUGCUCUCAGGUUCCUAUCUGUAAAAAGACUUACAAAACUUACAAAUGACCCGAUGUGCGUCAGUGAUUUUCAAGUUCGAUAACUUCGACUCGCGUGUUACAACGUCUCAAUUAAUUGUUGUCGAUCGUCAGUUCUCUCGUAGUAAAAGAUAUAUUUAUACACGAUGUUGAAUCGAAGUCGUUACUUGCUGAAACAUUUUCGGCUCUUUGUGAAAUUUUAUCACGAGGAAGCGUCCGUCAUCGGCACCACACCGGACACCAGCUCACCGGUUUAUCAGGAAAAUUACACGCAUAUGAAAAAUCUUGUUGAUCAGUUGAAGAACACUGUGGAAAAGAUAGUUGAGGGUGGCGGACAUAAAGCCAAGGAUCGACAUGUAAGCAAAGGAAAGCUCUUACCUCGGGAACGUAUAAACACUCUUUUAGAUAAAAAUUCACCUUUCUUGGAAUUCUCGCAAUUAGCUGGUUACGAGAUGUAUGGCAAGGACGAAGUGCCAGCUGGUGGACUUAUUACUGGCAUCGGAAGAAUAGAAGGUACUGAAUGUAUGGUAAUUACAAAUGAUGCUACUGUAAAAGGUGGCACGUAUUACCCUGUCACUGUUAAAAAGCAUUUGCGAGCUCAAGAAAUUGCGGAGGAAAAUAAAUUACCUUGUAUAUAUUUAAUUGACAGUGGAGGUGCAUAUUUGCCUAAGCAGGCUGAUGUGUUCCCUGACAAAAUGCACUUUGGUAGAAGUUUCUACAAUCAAGCAAACAUGAGUGCUAAAGGAAUAGCCCAAAUUGCAGUUGUUAUGGGAAGUUGCACGGCAGGUGGUGCAUAUAUUCCUGCUAUGGCGGAUGAGAAUAUUAUUGUUGCCAAUCAAGGUACGAUAUUUCUGGCUGGUCCACCGCUAGUAAAGGCUUCGACCGGUGAAGAGGUUUCAGCAGAGGACUUGGGAGGAGCCACUCUUCAUUGUCGACAAUCGGGUGUAACCGAUCAUUACGCGAUAGACGACACGCAUGCUUUGUAUCUUGCGCGUCAAGUUGUGAAAGAUUUAAAUCUACAACCACCUAUGGAUGUAAAAGUCAGCAAAAAAAUUGAGCUGCCUGUACAUGCCAUUGACGACAUCUACGGUAUCGUCGGAACGAAUCUGAAACGUCCGUACGACGUGAAGGAAGUCAUUGCGAGGAUCGUGGACGGGUCAAAGUUUCACGAAUUUAAAGCGCAAUACGGCGAAACCUUAGUCACAGGAUUCGCUAGAAUUUAUGGCUAUCCCGUUGGCAUAAUCGCGAACAACGGUGUACUAUUUUCAGAAAGUGCUCUAAAGGGAACUCAUUUUGUGCAGCUUUGCGCUCAAAGAAAAAUCCCUCUUAUCUUUCUACAAAAUAUUACAGGGUUUAUGGUGGGUAGAGAUGCAGAAUCGGGAGGAAUUGCCAAAAAUGGUGCUAAAAUGGUAACAGCGGUAGCAUGCGCGCAGGUGCCAAAGAUUACAGUAAUAAUCGGGGGUUCAUAUGGCGCUGGGAAUUAUGGGAUGUGUGGUCGAUCUUAUUCUCCACGUUUUCUCUAUUCUUGGCCAAACGCUAGAAUAUCUGUAAUGGGAGGAGAACAAGCAGCAAGCGUAUUAGCGCAAAUCACGAGGGAUCAACGUGCGAGGGAAGGCAAACAGUGGACUCGAGAAGAAGAAGAGAAUCUCAAAAAUCCAAUUAUACAACAAUUCGAGAAAGAAGGCAGUCCAUAUUAUUCUAGUGCUAGAAUAUGGGAUGAUGGUGUAAUUGAUCCAGUGGAUACGCGAGUCGUGCUUGGCUUGAGUUUGUCAGCGAGUCUAAACGCGCCCAUACCUGAUACUAAAUUCGGAAUUUUCCGAAUGUAAUAUAAGUAAAAAACAUACGAAAGUAUAUACUUAAAUUCGGAAUUUUCCGAAUGUGAUACAAGUAAAAACGUAUGAAAGUAUAUUUUGAAAGUACCUCAAAUUAUGGUUAAAUUUUACAUAUUUUAUCACAUACUGGAUAUUAUAUACAUAUUAUAUACAUGAGCCAAAAAAUGUAUUUUGUAAAGUUUUCUAUCGUUAAACAUUCCAUGUAUGUUUUAUUAUACAUGUUUUAUUAUAUUUUAUACUAUUAAUGG